UACCGUUAGUACCGAAAAGCAACUUAAAACCAGCACGGAGAAGCAGCUGAAAUGGAAUGCUAAAAAAGAAGAAGAUAAAAAGCCAUGAGCGCAGCAAGUUUCGGAUGUUACAUCUCUCGGCUCUCGCCUGUUCUAGACCACGAGCCCAAGCUUUCAUGGAAUCCAUCCACACCAAACCCUAAUCGGCUACUUUUCCCUCUCACUCUCAGAAGGCACUCGAGCUGUAAAAAUAGUUCCUCAAGACUCGUUACCGGAGCUCUCCAGCAAGGGCUCGGAGUCGUUCCCCAUGAAAGCGUAGCUUCAAACCCUUCGAUUGGUACCGAAGAUGCGGAGAAGGAGGAACAUGAAGAGGUCCAUGGAUCUCGUAAUGGAGUCGCUGACACCAAACCCCCAAGUCCGUUCACUAAAGUCCAAAAGAAGAAAGAGCACGACGAAGACGACAGCUUUGAGAAUAGGUUUAAGAUACGGAACGGCAGAGAGGUUUUUGAAGAAAAAGCGUACCUUGUUGGUGUUGAACGAAAAGGUGAUACAGAGAAUUCUUUUGAUAUAGAUGAAUCACUGAAGGAGUUGGCUCAGCUGGCUGACACUGCUGGACUUCUGGUUGUCGAUUCCACUUAUCAAAAACUAGCUUCCCCGAACCCAAGAACUUAUAUUGGGUCUGGCAAGGUUGCAGAGAUUAAGAGUGCAAUUCAUGCCCUUGAUGUUGAGACUGUGAUAUUUGAUGAUGAGCUUUCAGCUGGGCAAUUGCGUAAUUUGGAAAAGGCUUUUGGAGGAGAUGUUAGAGUUUGUGACCGCACUGCCCUCAUCCUGGAUAUCUUUAACCAGCGGGCAGCAACACAUGAAGCAUCUUUACAGGUUGCAUUGGCACAAAUGGAAUACCAGUUACCUCGACUAACAAAAAUGUGGACUCACCUUGAGCGUCAAGCGGGAGGCAAGGUGAAGGGGAUGGGUGAGAAACAAAUUGAAGUGGAUAAGCGUAUCUUACGUACUCAAAUUGGGGCGCUCAAAAAAGAGCUUGAAUCAGUUAGAAAACAUCGAAAGCAGUAUCGAAACCGGCGUAUAUCUGUUCCUGUCCCGGUAGUAUCGUUGGUUGGUUACACAAAUGCUGGAAAGAGUACACUUCUAAAUCGAUUGACUGGAGCCAAUGUUCUUGCUGAGGAUCGAUUAUUUGCUACCCUUGAUCCAACUACAAGAAGGGUUCAGAUGAAGAACGGGAAGGAGUUUCUUCUCACAGACACGGUUGGUUUCAUCCAAAAGUUACCCACUACACUGGUUGCUGCCUUCAGAGCUACAUUGGAGGAGAUAUCGGAGUCAUCGCUUUUGGUGCAUGUGGUGGACAUAAGCCAUCCUCUAGCAGAGCAACAGAUAGAAGCUGUGGAAAAGGUUCUGUCAGAACUAGAUGUGUCAUCAAUUCCAAAGUUGAUGGUUUGGAACAAGGUGAAGAGGGGUAUUUUUUUGCUGAUACAAUUGCAAAUCAGUAUGGUCAAACAAUUGAAUUCUGCCUUUCCUCUUUAUGUUGAUAAGGUCAGUGAUCCUCAAAAAAUAAAGUCAGAAGCAGAGAAGAGAGAAGAUGUUAUUUGCAUAUCCGCUUUCAAUGGUGAAGGCUUACAUGAAUUCUGCAAUGCAGUUCAGGAAAAGUUAAAGGACUCUAUGGUAUGGGUGGAAGCUUUAAUUCCAUUUGACAAGGGAGAGCUCCUGAGUACCAUACAUCAAGUUGGAAUGGUAGAGAGAACUGAGUAUAAAGAAAAUGGGACAUUGGUGAAGGCGCAUGUGCCCCUUCGAUUUGCAAGGUUGCUCACACCAAUGAGGCAACUCUGUAUAUCAUAGCCUCCUUGAAUCACCAUCUAUUUCUUGGGACUUCUUUCAUGUUUCCUAAUCAUUCAUGUCUUCUAUACUUCUGGCAAGUGAGACUUUGUUAAUAGAGAGUCCGAGUCUGUACAGCCGUUCUUGUAUUAUACAAUCAUACUUCUGUGGUUAUUUUAAACAUUUUUCCUCUUUUUUUUUU